GCCACCUACACCGCGCUGUUGGACGGCAAAGGCGAGCUCGUCGGUGCCGUAGCGGACAUGGGCAUUCUGGAUGCGAUCAGCGCAGAGAGCGUGUCUCGGCGCUGCGGCAACCUCGCUGGUACUGGCCUUGUCCUUUGCGAAGCCAAUCUGUCCUCAUCUGCUUUGGAGGCAGCCUUGAAGCGUUGUCGCGCAGCGCGGGUACCCGCCUG